CACACACACACACACACAUCGCGGUGAUGCUCGCCUGUGAAUCUCUCUGAUGUUCCACACUGCUUCUUUCUUGUUGUCUACCCCCCUCAGCCCGAUCACUGAUGGACUCGAACAAGGGGGUAAAAUAUGCCCAAAGGAGGGGAUACGUUAAAGAAGGGCAUCAUAGAGAUGGAGGGCGCGUCUGUACUUCUCUAACCCGGACCUCCAGCCAAGCUUCAUAGAUGAUCUUUGCCUACGCGACUUCGGGGCUUUGGUGCACGGAGGAGCAUCUGCAGACCAGGUAUGGCAGUGGCGAAUAUGGUGUGUUUCUCUGACGUGGAAACUUUCCUGGACUCGCACCCGGAGUUGUUCGAGGACUACCUGAACAGAAAGGGCACGUAUUGCAUGGUGGAGAAGUGGCUUAAGACCCACCCGGCGACCAAAGGUCCGGCGUGUCCGGCGGUCGCGACCCCGGCCGAGCCGAGGGAAGACAAGGGCGCCGCGCUGAGGGACAGCUGGGCGAGCAAAUGUGACGGUCUUCAGCGGAGAGCCUCGCAGAAGGAGCUGCGCAAAACUUUCGCCCGCUCCAAAGCCGUCAACGUCAACAGAACCUACGACGAGCACGUCAACUCGCGGGCCCAGGAACCGCUGAGCAGCAUGCGGCGGAGAGCUUUGCUGAGGAAGGCGAGCUCCCUUCCUCCCACCACCGCGCAUAUCCUCAGCGCGUUGCUCGAGUCCCGAGUCAACAUCCCUCAGUACCCAUCCACGGCCGUGGACUUCAAGUAUUACCUCAAGGAGAACAACGAGAGGGAGUUCUUCCUGGAGCUCGUCAAAGACAUCUCCAACGAUCUGGACCUGACGAGCCUCAGCUAUAAGAUCUUGGUGUUUGUGUGCAUCAUGGUGGACGCGGACCGGUGCUCCUUGUUCCUGGUGGAGGGCACCGGCAACAAGAAGACACUCGUGUCCAAAUUCUUUGACGUCCACGCGGGCACCACAGUGCUUCCUUCCAUGAACUCGGAUGAGGUUCAGGUGCCGUGGGGGAAAGGGAUCAUCGGUUACGUGGCGGAGCACGGAGAGACCGUCAACAUCCCUGACGCAUACCAGGAUCGGCGGUUCAGUGAUGAAAUUGACAAGCUGACGGGGUACAAGACCAAGUCGCUCCUGUGCAUGCCCAUUCGCAACAGCGACGGCGAGAUUAUCGGCGUGGCGCAGGCCAUCAACAAGACUUCCAGCGUGGAACUCUUCACAGAAGACGACGAAAAGGUGCUGCAGAUGUACCUGCCCUUCUGUGGCAUUGCAAUCUCCAAUGCCCAACUCUUUGCUGCGUCAAGGAAGGAGUAUGACAGGAGUCGGGCGCUCCUGGAGGUUGUCAACGACCUCUUUGAAGAACAGACUGACCUGGAGAAAAUAGUCAGGAAGAUUAUGCACCGUGCUCAAACAUUACUAAAGUGCGAGCGCUGCUCUGUUCAGUUGCUCGAGGACAUUGAGUCACCGGUGGUGAAGUUCACUAAAUCUUUUGAGUUAUUGUCACCUAAGUGCAGCGCUGACACCGAAACGAGUUUCAAGGACAGUAUGGAAAAGUCUUCGUACUCGGAUUGGCUCAUCAACAACAGCAUUGCCGAGCUGGUCGCGUCCACGGGUCUUCCUGUAAACAUCAGCGAUGCAUACCAGGACCCUCGCUUUGAUGCUGAGGCGGACCAGUUCUCAGACUUCCACAUUCGCUCAGUGCUUUGUGUUCCGAUAUGGAACAGCAAUCAUCAAAUUAUUGGUGUGGCUCAAGUGUUGAACCGCCUCGAUGGGAAACCUUUCGAUGAUGCAGACCAGCGUCUCUUUGAGGCAUUUGUGAUCUUUUGUGGACUGGGCAUCAACAACACCAUCAUGUACGACCAGGUGAAGAAGUCCUGGGCCAAGCAGUCGGUGGCUUUGGAUGUUCUCUCAUACCAUGCUACUUGCUCCAAGACUGAAGUUGACAAAUUCAAGGCUGCCAACAUCCCCCUUGUGUGCGAGCUGGGCAUUGACAAGCUUUCCUUUGACGAUUUCUCCCUGGAUGUGGAUGCCAUGAUAACCGCUGCUCUGAGGAUGUUUAUGGAGCUGGGAAUGGUCCCCAAAUUUAAGAUUGACUACGAGACGCUGUGCAGAUGGCUGCUGACUGUUAGGAAAAACUACCGGAUGGUUUUGUACCACAAUUGGAGACACGCCUUCAAUGUGUGCCAGUGCAUGUUUGCCAUGCUCACGACGGCCGGCUUCCAGGAGACUCUGACAGAAGUGGAGAUCUUAGCCCUCAUCGUGGGUUGCGUGUGUCACGACUUGGACCACCGGGGCACCAACAACGCCUUCCAGGCGAAGACGGGCUCAGCUCUCUCUCUGCUUUAUGGGACCUCAGCAACACUUGAGCACCACCACUUCAACCACGCCGUCAUGAUCCUGCAAAGUGAGGGUCACAACAUCUUUUCCAACCUCUCAUCCACCGAGUACAGCAACCUCAUGCAGCUGCUCAAGCAGUCCAUCCUGGCAACAGACCUCACGCUUUACUUUGAGAACAGAAACACCUUCUUUGACCUGGUCACCAAAGGAGAGUACAACUGGAACGUGAAGGCCCACAGAGACAUGUGCAGAUCGAUGAUGAUGACGGCAUGUGAUCUUGGUGCUGCCACCAAACCUUGGGAAAUAUCCCGCAAGGUGGCCGAGUUAGUGACCAGCGAGUUCUUUGAGCAAGGCGACAGGGAGAGAUCAGAGCUGAAGCUCACACCCUCGGCCAUCUUUGAUCGAAACAGAAAGGACGAGCUGCCCGGUCUUCAGCUGGAGUGGAUUGAUGGCAUUUGUGCCCCCCUCUAUGAGACUCUGGUCAAGUUGAAUCCUAAACUUCAGCCCAUGUUCGACAUGAUCCAAGCCAAUCGGGCCAAGUGGGAGGAGCUUAACAACAAGCGAACACAGAGCCACAGCGUCUCUGCCCCAGCAAGCCCCUGCGGCGUCAGUGACGUCUCUGAGAACAUCGUCUUCACGGUUCCCAAGACGGGCAGCUCUCCCCGCUGUAGCGGCGGCCCUGACGACACGGCCUCGAAAUCCGUCGGUUAGCUUCCACCAGCGCGGAGCCCGCUUCCUGCUUCCUCUUCUCCAUGCAGCCUGCAACUUGUGCAGCGCAUGCGAGGGCUCUCACUUUUUCCUCCUUAGUGAUGAGCUCCGGUUUUCGGCGCCCGUCCAAGCGGCUGCAGAUGUGAGGAGACCGCCAACGGGUCAUCAUGUCAGCUGACUAUUCUGGGCAUUGCACAACUAUUGGCAUGGCCAAAUAUUGGAGAGGGGAAAAUUCUUGCGACACAUGCUCUCUGUAAAUGUGUACAUAGGCUACCGAGGACCGUGUUGCAUUCAAGUGCUGUCCUGAAACCCGAAAAGAAGGAUAAAGCUUUGCAGGGCAGUGCUUGCAAUGUUCCACUUCCUUCCCUCUUGUGCCUUGUUACAAAGACCCCCAUGAAAAAUGCAUGCUGUCCUCACACACACACACACACACACACACACAGACACACACAAUGGGAAAUGCCGCCUGCGAUGGAUUUUGGUGCCACCGUUGGCAAAAGACACCACUCACAGUCACUAAGAAAGUUUUUAUCAUUGUGCCUUUAUACACCACAGCGAUGGAUUUGAACCAAAAACAUCAAAGAGUAGAAAGGUUUACAUUUAAUUGAAGAGCUUUUACCAAUAUAUUAUACAAUACAUUAUACAAUACAUUAUACAAUACAUUAUACAAUAUACCAUUCAGGAAUUACAGCUGUAUUUGGACAUAAAGACAUCAUUGUAAAUUGAACAUUUGUCAUUUUUGAUACACUGGAACCUCGGUUUUUGGCAUCAAUUUGUUCCAAAAAGUACAAAAACCAAAGCAAUCCAUUCCAGACACCCAAAAAUAUUCAAUUAAAAAAAGAUUUGUCCCCAGGGGGCGAUCAAAGGCACAUAGAGCAGCAAGCAGUGUAACUACUCUUAGUACGAUAUCGACUGUUUUUGUCAUUUAUUUUAUUGUAUUAUCGUCAUGUUUUAUUUUUUUAAGUAUUAUUUUAACAAAUAUGAACAAAAUAGAGAAUAAUUAUAUGUUAUUGACUAUUUAUUGUGUAUAUAUAUUUAUUUAUAUUUUUAAUUAUUAUUUUAUUAGUAUUAAUUCUCAACAAAAAUACAAAAAUAUUACCCAGGGGAAAAGUCAUAUUAGGAGAGGAAAAAAAAAUUAUUUUUUGGAAAAUUACCCUGGAGAAAAUAUACGAUGAAAUUCAAAAUAAUAUAGAAAUUAAGUCAUAUUAGUGGAAGAAAAUGAACAAGAAAGUUUCAAUAUUUGGACAUCUAAAAAAUAAGCAACAAACAUGCAAAUAAUUGAAGUAAUUUAAUGGAAGUAAUGUCAAAAUAUGAAAAUAAGUUAAAACGAGAAUAACUAAAAUAUGAGGAAAAAUAAUGUCCCUUUGGUAGCAUAGAGUAGAAAUAUUAUUAUUUUUUAAUUAGGUUGGGGGGGAAAGGUUAUAAUGUAAGGCCUGGGGCCCCGGGUUUUAGGGGGCCCAGAAACAACAACAAUGGCAUUGAUGAUGCGAUUAUGAGACAAUGACGUAGCAACACCCCUUGGGGGCCCCCAGCGACCCAGAAAUUGUGUGCAAAAAAAAUUUUUUUUGGUAUGCAUGGAUGGGAUGGGGUGCUUUGAGGCCCCAAGGACAUCAGGAGGAACUAAAAUAUGGGAAUAAAGUCAAAAGAAAACAAAUAUUUAGAAAAAUAACUAUAAAGUUCUACACUUCUACACAACCAUGGCGGUUGUUUUAUUCUAUUUCGGUGGUGUGUAAAGGAAAAAUCCUAAAAACUGGACCUUACAUGAAUACAUGAUGGGUGUAGUUUAACACAUUACCACACACACACACACACGUGCCUUGAUGACGUUACCACGUGUUUUCCUGCUAAAGUAAGCCAUUGAGUCUACCGAAUUAACUCUUAAAGUUGCAUUUACUUUACUAAAUAUUUGGCCUUUUUCCUCAUCAGCGCUCAUCAAUUCUUCUGACUGUCUUAGCUUUUAUUAAGAAAAAAUAUCGAGACUUGUACUGAAGUGCCAAUGUAAUAUCAUAAGCUAAUAUUUUCACACGUCGUAUUAUUUAUUUUUUUUUGCCUUAUGACUUGUAGUUUUGUUGUUUUUUGAAACGUGACUUUUGUGCACCUUGGCAGGCAUGGAUGUGCGCGUGCUACUUGACGUUGUUUUCAUUGGUCGACGGAAAGAGACGUUCAAGUUGCAUGUUUUUCAGUGCGGCGUGUGACGUUUUCUAAGCACGCCGAGGAUGUAGCAGCCACGGGAGUAAAAACGAAUACCUCGGAUUUCCAAGCGUCCGUGAACAUGCAUGUGUUUACGUCUGUUGCAUGAGGUUAUGCUAGUGAUGAAUAUCGCUGUUCUAUUUUUCUAUCAGUCUCUUCAUCAAAUUGUCUAUUUUGAUGACGUAACGUGUUUUCUUGUACGUGUGUUCAGACCAGAGAGGGGCAAAGUUAAAAGAAAAGCCCAGGCAUGACAUCUCUUUCAGUACUUUCAAAUUAAAUUAAAA